AUGGAGUCGAAGAGUAAAGCGAAAGAGAACGGACGUCUCAUGACUGAGUUGUCAAUGGUCGAGUUAAGUAGCAGUUCUGACGACAAUGACGACAAAAAUGAACCAAAUACAGCUGCAUCCGGCAAGGCAGCUUUCAAAAUAACUGAAGAAACUUUUAAAAGGAAUCCAGUCGAACUAAAAAAGUACAGAAACGUCUUCGAAUUGUCUUCCGAUUUCUCGAAACUGAUUAAAGUAAAUGAAGAUCUACUCGAGAACAAGUCAAACAAAUCAGUUAAAAGAGCGCCGGACCGAUUUGCAAGUUACAAAAAAGGGUCCAGAUCGACAAAAGAAGAAGCUUCCAGACUUUUUCCGAAAAACUGA